CCAGGCGACAUCAUCAUCACUCUGCUGAUCCUUGUCGCUCGCCUCGGUAGGCCUGCCCAUUCCCUCUCGUGCCCUCGUUUCAAUCACCGUGACGCACCCAGUAGCAACGACGACAACUACGCCGUCUUCGGCCUCUCAACGAACCAGAUCCACGCCAUCCUCAUCGCAUACAAACUAUAUCUACAGCAUGAGUUCGCGCUCGCGGUGACAACAGCUGCGCGCUCAUAUCCUACUCCGCAGACCGCCAUGGUGGAGCUAUCCGCGGGCGCCAGCAUUGCUCUGGGAGUAAUCGUCGGCCUCGCCUCCACCUGCAUACAGAGCAUCGGGCUCACUUUGCAGCGCAAAUCCCACCUCCUAGAAGAAGAAAAGGAAGACGAUUAUGAACGGCGACCACCUUACAAAAGACGGAGAUGGCAGCUGGGUAUGCUGAUGUUCGUUGUGGCAAACAUCGUUGGAAGUACCAUCCAGAUCACAACUCUACCUCUACCGGUCUUGUCCACGCUGCAGGCAUCUGGCCUCGUCUUCAAUUCCAUAUGCGCCUCCGUCGUCCUUAGCGAGCCCUUCACGCGAUACUCCCUGGUUGGAACUGUCCUCGUCGCAAUCGGAGCACUCAUGAUUGGCAUAUUCGGCUCUAUCAGCGAGCCCUCGCAUAACCUCGACCAGCUGUUGGUAUUGCUCGGCAGACGUGCUUUCUUGUUAUGGAUGUCGGGAACCUUUGUCAUGGUUAUUGCCUUGAUCGUAGGCAACUGGUUCCUGAAACGCAUUUCUCCUCGACCGACACCUCGAUUGCGGCUCGUACGUGGCAUAAUGUUCGGUUGCGUUAGUGGAAUUCUCUCUGCCCACUCCCUCCUAAUCGCAAAGAGUGCCGUUGAGCUCCUCGUCCGCACCAUCAUUGAUCGCCACAACGAGUUCAACCGCUGGCAAUCCUGGUUGAUUCUGAUUGGGCUCGUUGUCUUUGCCUUGACCCAGUUAUACUACAUGCAUCGCGGACUCAAACUGUGCAGCACUAGCGUUUUAUACCCUUUGAUAUUCUGUGUCUACAACGUCAUCGCCAUCAUAGACGGGCUGAUAUAUUUCCAUCAAUCCGCCAGACUCACCAACUUACACGCAGGCUUGUUGGCUGUGGGUACUGUGAUAUUGUUGGGAGGAGUCGUAGCCUUGAGCUGGCGGUUGGAAGAAAGCGAUGAAGACGCCAAUUCCGCGAAGCUUCACGGACAUGUUCCAAUGCCGCAAACAGCCCUCACACCCGGCAUCGGCCUCAUCCACGGAGAUCUGGAAGACGAAACUCAAGUACCUGUCGACAUCGAAUCCGAACCUCCGGGUCUCCACGGAUCCGAGUACGAGCAACGCAAGCGGAAGAGUGUGGACGAAAGAACCCCAUUAUUAGCAAGAGCGCCCACCGGUCCCGCUUUCACCGUAGGCCCACGAUCUAAGAAAAAGUUAUCACUGGGGACCGAGCAGCCGCGCAGCCCUAAAGCGAGCCCUUCUCCCCGUAGGCCUACGAGAAGGCGGCGAAUGACUGUGUCCGAGGAAACGAAUGAGAUAUGGAAUGAGCUGAACGAUGGCGAUACUCUUCCAUCGCCUAUGAGACACUCGACUGAUCUGGAACGCAGACCACGCUCGGGAACAUUGCCGGCUCGGCGCAAAAACAAUUCAGGGACAUGGAUGAAUCAGAUGCGAAGACGCUCCUGGUUCGACGCCAUAAGCGUAGGAGGCAACCAGAGCCAACGCCGAAACAGUACAGCUCAAGGUAAACGGCCAGUCAGCGUUUCGUCGCCUUUGCUGAAUCACCCGGAUCCCGAGGACGAUGACCAUCAAUCUGAUACAGAUGCCCCUCCUAGCCCCGAAGCUGGAAGACGAGGGACUUGGGCUUUCGGCGACAAAAGAAGUCGGAACGGUGAAGACGGCCUGGGUGAUUGGUUCAAGAUGAAAUGGUGGCGCAACAAAUGGAGGGAUGGAGAUCGAAGUCGACGAGGAGGAAGGGGAGAAGAGGACGAUGAUGUUGGAAGACCAUGAUACCACGUAAACCACCUGUUAUUUUCUAUGUCUGAAUGAAGUAUACGUACAUUCUCAUUACUUUUCCCAACUAGGUGGAAAUUUGUGAGUGUCACACGUAUGUCCUUCCCAACUCUGCAUCACUUACACAUUGUGAUUUUCUCAUCGAGUUGGUAUUCCACAUACUCGGAAUACUCUUCCAAAGUCCAAAUCGCAUUAUAAGCUCUCUCUGACGCACAGCAACUA